AGUAACUGAAAACAUUUCGUGAGCGAGACCAAGAGAGAGAGAGAACAAUCCCUCCGUGCCAGAAGCUACCGUCUUCGUGUUCGAGCCAGUGAGCAACCGUCUCGUUCAGCCACACAGCCACCGUGGUCCCUCCUCCUCCGCCGCGGUUCUCUAUAACGGACGAUUUGAGUAAUUUUUGACUAGCGAGUGAGGGUUUUUUGUUUUGAAGAUGACAACGAUACGCAGGUUCUGCUGCAACGAUCUUCUUCGUUUUGCCAAUGUCAAUCUUGACCACCUCACUGAAACUUUUAACAUGUCCUUCUACAUGACCUAUCUAGCGCGAUGGCCCGAUUAUUUCCACGUUGCCGAAGGCCCUGGAAACCAUAUCAUGGGUUACAUUAUGGGUAAAGUAGAAGGGCAAGGUGAAUCUUGGCAUGGCCAUGUAACUGCAGUAACUGUUGCUCCAGAGUAUCGCAGGCAGCAGUUAGCCAAGAAACUGAUGAAUUUGCUGGAAGACAUCAGUGACAAAAUUGACAAAGCUUACUUUGUUGAUCUCUUUGUGAGAGCAUCAAAUACACCUGCCAUCAAGAUGUAUGAAAAGCUUGGCUAUGUGAUCUAUCGACGAGUGCUACGCUACUAUUCUGGGGAAGAAGAUGGAUUAGAUAUGAGGAAGGCAUUAUCUCGUGAUGUUAAAAAGAAGUCUGUCAUCCCUCUUAAACGGCCAAUAACUCCUGAUGAAUUAGAGUAUGACUAAAUAUGCUUUCUAUGCAACUAUGUUGCAUGAGCUUAUUGUGUCAUAAAUCAAAUAGAUUGGUUGGGUAUGAGAUAGUAAUCAAGUUACAUUUGUCCAGCUAUCUGAGUUAAUAACUAGUCACAUAUUUGAAAUCUUGAAGUAGUGGGAUGUACCCUUGCUAAUUAUUCUUGUGCUACUUGAAUACUGAACCAUGUUUAGAAGUACCCUGUUGUAACUUGGCAGGCUGUCAACGUAAGGGGAAUUGACCAUGGAUGCAAGGUUUUGCUA